CUCUGGAGACCGACGGGCACUGUUGGGAGAGACGCACUCACACGUCCCACCUCCUGGAUGCAGAAUCAGUGGGGAAAGCUAGGCUUUCCUUCCAGAAACAAGGGAGAAAGCCGAGGGAACAGCUGUUGUGGAGGUUUCUAAGGAGACUCAGACUGGCUUCUUUCCCUGCUCCUGGGAGACGGCAGGAAACCUCAGAAGGGAGGACCUCUGCUUCCUAGCCAACAAGCAGCCCCCAACCUGGAUGGAAUGAAAGAUGCGGCCUGAUGACAUUAACCCAAGGACUGGGCUGGUGGUGGCCCUGGUCAGUGUCUUUCUGGUCUUUGGCUUCAUGUUCACCGUCUCUGGGAUGAAAGGAGAGACUCUGGGAAACAUACCCCUCCUGGCCAUCGGGCCAGCUAUCUGCCUGCCAGGCAUUGCAGCCAUUGCCCUGGCCAGGAAAACUGAGGGAUGCACUAAGUGGCCGGAAAAUGAGCUGCUGUGGGUCCGCAAGUUGCCCUGCUUCCGGAAGCCCAAGGACAAGGAGGUGGUGGAACUGCUGAGGACCCCUUCAGACCUGGAGUCAGGCAAGGGAAGCUCAGAUGAGCUGGCUAAGAAGGCAGACCUCAGAGAGAAGCCUCCCCACGAGGGGCAGACCGAGGUGCCUGUGGCCCAUUCCAUCACCAUACCCACACCCACAGAAGAAGGAGAAUGCCAGAGCCUGGUCCAGAGUGGGCAUCAGGAGGAGACAUCCAGAUACCUGGACGGCUACUGUCCCUCAGGCAGUUCCUUAGCCUACAGUGCCUUGGAUGCCAAGUGCUCAGCCUGGGACAGAUCUGAGUGCCCUGAGCCUGAGGACAGCAUCUUCUUUGUGCCCCAGGACAGUAUCAUCGUUUGCUCCUACAAGCAGAACAGUCCCUAUGACAGAUACUGUUGUUACAUCAAUCAGAGUCAAGGCAGGUGGGACCACGAGACAAUAGUCUAAGCUUUGCAUACAAGAGUCGCUGUGUUGCUAGAAAUGUGGCUACACUCAGCUUCCAGGGGAAGGAAACUGCCCUGUUCCAACAACCCUCACACUGUUAGAAACUGACUUGGUAUGUGACGGAUGUGCGAACCUCGGGUGCCUGAGAGCCAUGUAAAUAGGCAUGUUGGGGACAUGUUUUAGGGAAGGAUGAUGAGGGUAAGGACACUGGAAGAGGCAGUAGGUAGGGGAGGAAGCAAUUCCAAUUGUUUUUUAACAAUUAAACCAUGUUGGAUAUUUUGUAAAAUAGCCCAGAAAGUGCUACCCAGCACCUGCUAAAAGCGAGAAAAAUCUAGAGUGGGCUGCAGAUACCAGCCAUGAAAUGAUACAUGGACUUGCUGGAGGGAAACGGAGCUGCUUUCUGUCUGAAUAAAUUGAAAGACAAAACAAUUUAGUGCUUCAUUAUAUGAAAUGAUUUUUAUCUGGUGAAAGCUCUUCCCACUUAUUAUUUAUUUGCUGAAGGAAAAAAAGUCAAGAUAGAAAAGCUACAUCCCUCCUUAGGUGGGGUGGUUUUUGGAGAAAGAGGAGUUAAAGACAGUUGAAUUAUGUAAUUGAGUUUUAUGAUAUUAUCCUCUGACAAGAUCAGAGAUUUCAAAUAAAGUAAAGUGAGUGUGACUGGCUAGGUUAAAAAAAAAGUAACUAACAUUUUUAGAUUGCUAUGUUACUUCUCAAACUCUUCAUUUAAAUUGAUUUACUGGGUCUUUAUCUUAAGUGUUUUUUAACACUUACUACCAUUCAUGUAUAAUUUCCUCAUCAGGUGCAAAAUGACUUGACAUAAUAUUUUCAUGGAUUAGAAUAGUGUUCAUCAAGUCAAAAUGGGUUUUACAUGUGUAUACAAGUGUCUUUAACCUUUCUGGGAGAUAUGUGCUGGUAAUUACUAUUCCUAUAUGACUUUUAAAAUCUGAAAACUAUGAAGUCAAUACAUUAGUCUUAAACUUUACACAGAAUUUGCAUUAAAUGCAAUGGUUAAACUUC